AUGGCUGAUAUAGGAUACACUUUGAUUUAUGAGCCUAAUACGGCUGCUAAAACGUCCAUUAAUGAGUUCAAGACGUUAUUGGAAAAGAGCAAAGAUGAUGUAAAGAUCAACACCAUGAAACGUAUUUUAAUCACCAUGCUCAAUGGGGAUCCAUUGCCAGAUUUAUUGAUGCACAUCAUUAGAUUUGUGAUGCCUUCUAGAAACAAGGAAUUGAAGAAAUUAUUAUAUUUUUAUUGGGAAGUUUGUCCAAAGUUGGAUGAUCAUGGAAAAAUGAGACAAGAAAUGAUUCUUGUCUGUAACUCCAUUCAACGUGAUUUACAGCAUCCAAAUGAAUUUAUCAGAGGUAAUACUUUAAGAUUCUUGUGCAAAUUAAAGGAAGCUGAUUUGUUGGAAACGUUGGUGCCUAACGUCCGCCAAUGUCUUGAACACCGUCAUGCGUACGUGAGAAAAAACGCUGUUUUUGCCCUUUAUUCAAUCCAUAAAGUUUCAGAUCACUUAGCCCCAGAUGCUGAUGAAUUAAUUUACAGAUUCUUGUACGAUGAAUCUGAUGCGGUUUGUAAAAGAAAUGCAUUUGUCUGUUUAGGUGAUCUUAAUAGAGAAGCAGCAUUACAAUACAUUCAAGACAAUGUCACACUUAUUGAAACAUUAGAUCCAUUGUUGCAAUUAGCAUUUAUUGAAUUCAUUAGACAAGAUUCUAUUCAAAACCCUUCAUUAAAGCUGCAAUAUGCUCAAUUAGUGACUGAAGUAAUUGAAAGUACUUCGUCCAAUGUCGUUACUUACGAAGCUGCUACAACUUUAACCGUAUUAUCUUCCAGUUCACAAUUAAUCUACUUAGCAGGUAGCAAAUUCGUUGAAUUAGCAACUAAAGAGGCUGAUAAUAAUGUUAAAAUUAUUACCUUAGAGAGAAUCAAAGAACUUCAUAAGCUUCAUCCUAGUGUAUUACAAGAUUUGUCUUUAGAGAUUUUACGUAUCUUAUCGUCUCAAGAUUUAGAUGUUCGUAAAAAGGCUAUUGAUGUGACAUUACAAUUUAUUACCAGUAGAAAUGUUGAAGAAGUUGUUAAAUUAUUGAAGAAAGAACUACAAAGAACUUCGUCUUCCAAUGAAGAUAAAAAUUCAGAAUACAGACAACUAUUAAUUAAUGCUAUUCAUCAAUUGGCUAUUAGAUUCGUUGAAGUUGCAGCAAAUGUUAUUGACUUAUUAUUAGAAUCCAUGACAGACUUGAGUACGGCAGCAGCUUAUGAGGUCAUAACUUUCAUCAAAGAAGUUGUCGAAAAAUUCCCAGAUUUGAGACAAUCUAUAUUGAGUAGGUUAAUUGAAGCUUUACCGUCUGUCAAAAGCGGUAAAGUAUUCCGUGGUUCAUUAUGGAUCAUUGGUGAAUAUUGUAUGGAAGAUAAAUUAGUCCAAGAAGCUUGGAGAUAUAUCAGGUCUAGCAUUGGUGAAGUUCCAAUAUUGGCUAGUGAAAAGAAAUCAACUGAGGGAAGUGAGCAUAAUGAUGAAGAUGAAACAAAUGGAUCUGUCGAAAAACCUAAGAAAAGACCAGUUGUUUUACCUGAUGGCACAUAUGCUACUGAAAAUGCGUUGACUACAGAGAUCAAAACUUCAGUAGAUGAAGAAAAGCCACCUAUUCGUAGACUCAUUUUAGAGGGUGAUUUCUACUUGGGUUCCGUUUUGGCCUCUACCUUAGUUAAAUUAGUAUUAAGGUUACAACGUAAUGCAACUCAAGAAAAAUACUUAAAUGCAUUAAAAGCAGAAGCUAUCUUGAUCAUGGUUUCUAUUUUGAGAGUCGGUGAAUCAUCUUACGUUGAAAAGAAGAUUGAUGAAGAUUCUGCUGACAGAAUUUUCUCAUGUGUAAAAUAUUUGACUGAUGAAACAGAUAGCCAAUUAAUACAGACUAGUUUCUUAGAUGAUACUAAGGAUGCAUUUAAAUCUCAAAUAGAAACUGCUGAACUUAAAAAGGCUGAAGCUGAAGCUAAGGAUUUCCAUGAGAAUGCUGAACAAGUUGAUGAUUCAAUUGUUUUUAGACAAUUUGAUAAAGAUAGUACGGCACGCGGUUCUAACUUGGAUGAUCUUUCUUUGGCUGCUGGUAGUGAUUUAAAGAAAGAAGAUUUAUCCUCUAGAUUAAACAAAAUCUUACAGUUAACAGGUUUCUCGGACCCUAUAUAUGCAGAAGCAUUUGUUAAGGUCCACCAAUAUGACGUUGUUUUAGAUGUUUUAUUGGUUAAUCAAACAACUAACACCUUGCGUAAUUUAUCUGUUGAAUUUGCUACUUUAGGUGAUUUGAAAGUUGUUGAUAAGCCUGCAACCGCGAAUAUUGGUCCACAUGGAUUCCACAAGAUCCAAACAACAAUCAAAGUUACGUCAGCAGAUACUGGUGUUAUUUUUGGUAACAUCGUAUAUGAUGGUCAACACUCAGAUGACUCAACUAUAGUCAUCUUGAAUGACGUUCAUGUUGAUAUUAUGGAUUAUAUUAAACCUGCAACUUGUACUGAAAGUACAUUCCGUAAAAUGUGGAAUGAAUUUGAAUGGGAGAAUAAGAUAACCAUCAAAGCACAAAUGGAUUCAUUAAAGGAUUACUUGGAAGAGAUGAUGAAGGGUACAAAUAUGAAUUGUUUAACCCCGGGUGCCAUCAUUGGCGAAGAAUGCCAAUUCUUGUCAGCCAAUUUAUAUUCUCGCUCGUCAUUCGGUGAAGAUGCAUUAGCUAACUUGUGUAUCGAAAAACAGAGUGAUGGACCAAUCAUUGGUCAUGUUAGAAUCAGAUCUAAGGGUCAAGGUUUAGCAUUAUCGUUGGGUGAUAGAGUGGCUUCUAUUUCUCGUAAAGCCCAAAAGGCUAACAUUACUCGUGUUUGA